CAAACAUCUUCAACCAUUCUUCGUCAUGGCAUUUAGAUUUCCGUUCGUCCGACCGACAGUUUCUCCGUACGUGACGUUGCUACUCCCAUAUGCAUGUGGGAACCUUGGGCAACUUUGUUUUGCCAUGACUUUUGUCAAAGAAAGGAAGUGACCUCCAGGCUCCAAGGUGACUAGUACCUCCGAAGUUUACCCCUUGGAAAGCUUCGCCGAACUGCAGGCUUGGGGGAUACCUAGGCUUUUCCAUGACCAAUUUUUCGCGUUCUGUGACCUGUCAUUUCUUUGGACAUAUGGAUAGUCCUGAAAUUUGUAUUCACGGACCGCUCAUGCUCUCUUCUCACUGUCCGUAUAAAAUACUGUCACGGUAAGGUGUGGUUAAGAUGGUAUCCUUGACCUCACUUGUUUCUUCCUGCGUGAUGUGGUUCUUGGCUACAGUUCUGCCUUGUGUCGCACUGGUAUCUGCGAGACAUGAUCUUUUGUCUCGCAGUCUGUCUAAAUUGACGCUGUCCGGUCCGGCUUCGCUCCCAACGGAUGCAACACUACCCUUAAACCCCGCCCUCGCAAGCUUCAGUAUUGAAACUGCCUACUUCGAACAGUGGAUAGGAAACCAAUCCUAUCCGAACAAAUUUUCUCAAAAUCUCUUUGAGAAUCUAAAAGAGAGGACUGGGGUUCCAGCCGAAGUGCGCAUUGGUGGCAUUACUGCUGACUCGACAUUCUGGGAUCCGAAUCAGGAGGCUGCCCUAUACAAUUUCAUCGACGACAGGGGUGCACUAAGAAAUACUACGCUUGGACCCCAGUUCUGGAAUUGUGUGAAGCUGUUGCCUGAAGGGACGAAGAUCGUCAUGACACUCAAUCUAGGGAGUUCGAAUUAUACCGGAACUCUUGAUAUGGCUAAGGCAGCAUGGAUGGGUCUUGGUUCACCCCAAAUUUCUCGCUUUGAACUAGGGAAUGAACCAGAUCAUUAUAAUCCCAAACUUGACCCUAAGACGUAUACCGCUAUAUGGGAGCCAUGGACUAUCAAUAUCUCGAAGGCGUUGGGCAUCGAUUAUCCCGAGUUUCAAAUUGGGGCUACUGUUGCAAACCCUGCGCAGCCGCAUAACACCCCACAAGCAGAUGCACAACUUGACUGUGUUAGCGUUUUGGCUGCCGGGGCCAACGAUGGACACACUGUCACCACGUGUAGCGAACACACAUACCAGUACAGCGUUUGCGAUCCAAGUAGCGCUGCCGGCGCUACGUUGGUCAACCUGGUAAAUCACACACGCUUGGCUGAAUAUUUGGAUCUUUGGCAGCCCCGUAUCCACAGCGUUCGUGCCCAACUCGGACCUGAUGCUUUUGUUAUUGGGGAAUUCAAUUCUGUUUCCUGCGGUGGACGAGCCAAUGUUAGCAACACAUUCGGCCAGGCUAUGUGGUUGUUGGAUACCAUUCUCUACGCGGCUUCCAUCAAUGUCUCACGGUACGUGACCAGGGUGCCUCGGAUGAACUUGCAGCCUAAUCUCAUCUCCAGUAUGUAUGUGCAUCAAGGUGCUCAUGCACACUACAACCUCUGGUCCACUGUCGAUAACAUUCAAGUGUUUCCGUCAUAUUCGGCUUACCUCUUCGUGACUGAGGCCAUUGGUUACUCAAAUCCACUGCGCCUUUCAAAUAUUUUUCCAGGGCGACAGGCCGAUGGAUCGUCAGUUACGACCGCAGGUGGUGAUCCUUCUGCUGGUCAGAUCUCGGUGUACGGUUUCUGGGACGAAAAAUCCACUAACAGCCACGAUUACCCAACUAAGCUCGCCCUCUUAAACCUUGAGCUAUACAGCCAGACAGAUACGUACCCUCGUCCUGAUACCACGAUCGACAUAUCUGCGUAUUUGCCGAAGAACACCCAAGAAGUAAUAGUCAAGUGGUUGACAGCCCCAGGAUCUGAUGUCAUGUCAGCCGAUUUAACGACUUGGGCAGGGCAAACUUUUGCUUCUGGUGUCGCAGAAGGUAACAUUGUAGAGGAAAAAGUGUCAAAUGGACAAGUGGUCGUCAAGGCUUCCUCCGCUGCUUUGGUAUAUUGGAGUGUAGCAUGAAACAUGUUCAUCCUAGGUAUUGCUAUAGAAGUGAGUCGGGUAUUAUAUUAUUAUCUCCUGCCAGUCCCAAGUAUAAACACUGCGAGGCG